AUGCUUCGUCGGACAAAUUCCGAAUCGGCUUCGAGAGAUUCUCGAGCAGGCAGGAGCUCGAAGCCGAGUUCCAUACCGCAUACACCGCAAAAGAUUGCCAAGACACGCUCAGAAACUGUUAUAGAUUUAACUAUUGACUCUCCUUCCACCCUGAGUCGAUCGUCCUCUGCCUCAAAGUCCCAGCCAGUGCAAGAUAUAUCCUCACCGGCGCUCCAUCCCAGUACUCGCCCAGGACCGUCGAGCACCAUGCGUACAUACGCGGGCAAAUCGCGCUCAUUUCUGGUAGCGCUCUCUGCUCCUCAACUCGGAACCCCCUCGCGCACCAACUCGGGCAGUCAGGCUCUUGAUGACGAUGACGGCGACAUGCAUGUUCAAGAAGAAGACCUUGAGAACAGAGAAUCAUAUACUGACCUGCGCACGCGCUGGGGUGUGGACGAGUCAGAGGAUGACCCUCGGCCUGCAUCACCCCCUCUUGCCUCUCAAAGUGAGAAAGGCAAGCGGAAGGGCAAAGGCAAGCCUCAGGAUGUGCACGCUCCCUCCCUGCCGAACGGGAUGAUGAACGACCUGAAGAGCAUCACAGAGCUCAGGAGCAAGGGCGAAAGUAGGCGAUUCCUGGACGAGGUUGGGUAUAUCUUUGAGGGCUUGGAUGCGGAGUCCCUCCUCAGCGUGCGCAGAGGAAGUGCACUUGAAAUCGUCACCAAGUUCUGCGAUGUGGAUUUCGCACGUAGAGCUAAAGCCGCAGACUUCCUGGGCCGCGCAUGGGAAGCACUUCGUGAGGCCGGCGCCGGUGACGGUGACAAGAUUCUAGAUUGCAUCCUGGUCUUCUUUGUUGCACUCGUUUCUCGUGACCCUCGUGACAUCGAAGAUCUGGCCACGAGGACAGAUUUUCUUCCACUUCUUUAUAAGAUGCUUUCUUCCCUUGAACGCAAGAACGACCCCCUAUGGUUCACGUCAUCUUUGUUGAACGACGCCGUGCUCAAGCAGGCGGGGAUCACGCGCGUGGAGAAGACGCUGUUGACGAGUUUAGAGAAGCUGGUGCGGAAGAAAUCGGGGAUGUUGUGUGCAUCGGAACCCGUUUGCAACCGGGUCCUGAUUUCAAUGACACUGAGUGCCUUGUUUCCCGCCGUUCACAACGAGAGACAUUUUCCAUGUCUCCUUAAAAGUCUCUCCUCAGAGAUCCGCCCGAUCGCAUCCCGAAUACCCGCGUAUGCGUCUGGUCUCGGCAUGCUGCCUGCGUUAUCGUCUUCAACGUAUCUGGACUCGUGGUCUUUCCUGCACACCGACAACUGUUUACGAUUGCUCGACUCGUUCCUUCUCGGACGAUGGGAGCGAAGUGAAGGCGAGGAGAACUCUGAUGCCCGGCUCGAUGCGCAACGAGAAGGGGAGCUGGGUUCCUCCCUCGUCGGCCUAUGUAUCGCUUGCGAUGUGAUUUCUCGGGACUCGCUUUAUCCCGACCAAUGCUCGCAAGCUCGUCGAUGCUUGGAAUCUGUGCUACGAGUGCUUAUCAACAUGACUCAUGACGAUCUUCCGUGGUGCCAAAAGCUUCUCAGCGAGCCGUUGACCCUCCCAACAAUCAUACGACUCAUAACGAUGUCACACCGAGACUAUGUGGGAACGAUGAGCAAUGUGAAGCGCGAAGCCGGCGCCGAUGAUGUUGAAGAUCAUGGGAACGUUUCUUCGUCCUUAGACCGAUUAUGUCUUGCAUUAGGACUUCUCACAAAUCUCAUACAAGAGUGCCAAGAAGUCAAAGACGCUCUCCGCCUCACAUCGGCCAGCGUCACAUGCCCCGGACAGCGUGCAUGUAUCAUAGGCUGCAGAUGCACUGCCCGUAUCAGCGCUCUCGGGUGCCUUGCUGAGGUGUAUGCUCAGUAUUGCAGCUUCGAUGACACUUUGGCAUCCGUCCUGCGGGGACACAUGGCAGUGCUGUUCGGCAUGCUAAUGCAAGGAUCCCCGGAAAAUCGCCGCCUGCUAUUGAAGGCCUUUCCCGGAGCAUCUGACGAAGCGACACUGGAUGCACUCGUCGAGCAUGCACGUUCGUUCACCUCGUUCUAUCUCGACUUCACCAAGAGGGUUUCUGCGGUGGUAGAAAGCCAGGACGAUGCGGACGCUAUCGGCAAUACAGAAACGUGGGACGUGGAGCUCGAUAACGAUGUUUCCAGAUUGCUCAGAGACGGACAGGGAGAGACUCUGGCACAGGAAGCAGUAGCAUUUCUUGAAACCCUCAGAGAUGAGACACGGUCACGAAAACGCUAG